AUGCUGUUUACAACCAGGCUGGUAAGCAGUUGCUGCAGUGGAGCCCUCACAUCUGACAUGGCACUGUCCAUUGUUGAAAAAACCGUGAACGACUCUGGCGUAUUUGACUCCAAAGUGGCGUUCAAUAUCGUGUCUGUGCACGGCCUUCGGUUAGAGAUGAUCAAGUGGCUGUUUUGCUUGCACUAUUUCAUCCACGUUCUUGUGUGCGGGGUAGAGGAUCAAGGGCAUGAUGGGGCAAAGCGUGAUCGCCUCUACAUCAUUCUUGCCCACAAGCAACGGACGACUCAGCUGUUUGAUGUGAAAGAGAUCUACAAAGCUGUAUGCAGAAGCAUCCGGGCAUACAUUUGCACCAAACCUUCAGACUAUUGUGUUGCACCACCUGUCGAGAUCCAGAAUGAAGCCAUGCAUUUGGCGAGUGUGAGAGGCAAACAAAUUGGUGACGACUACUUCUCCCUCCUCACACAGCGAGAGCGUGAUUGCUUGCAAAAAGCACGUGCUGAAUACCAAUCGAUCUAUGGUCAGUCCCCAGAUCAUGACAAGGAUUUGCUCGCAGCCCACCUCGAAUAUGUGCGUCGUGACCGGCCACUGAGAAAAGCGUGGUGGUCCCCAGAAGAAGUGACUUCUUGCAUGGCAACCUACCUUAAAGGGAAAAGCACCACAGACGACCUGGGUGCCUACGGCAAUUGGUUCGCACGUGGCUAUGAAGAUGCGCCAGCACCUAUGCCAAAAUUCAUAUUGGAGUUAAUGGAUCACCAACACGUGGAGGAGAUUGCGCAGCAGAAAGGGAAGAAGAAAAAACCAGCAAAGGAAGAUGAAAACACUAUCCCUGGACUUCCUUCUGAAUUUCACUUCUUUGCUGACGAUAUCCAAGACCUCAGUACCACAGACUUCCCACCACAUGGCUAUGAGCUUCACAGUGAAGGUGGAGAAAUUCAUGUUUUUCCCGACAACGAGAAUGAUGAGUGGAAUGUGUUUCCUACUCGAGAUGGAGACACCUUGUGGAACGCCAAGGCAGAUAAUGAGGAUGAUCCAGUGUAUGUCCAAAAGGUCAUGGAGUUUCUUCGAACCCGAGUCCUUGAGCAUGAUGACACCAUUGCAUUCAGAAACCAGCAGGCGUAUGAGAAGGCAGCCGACACAACACAGAGCGCACCGAAGGCAAGCCGCAAAGAGCAGCAGAAAAUGAUCCCCAAAGAGAAGCAGGAGAAGAGGAAGAAAAUCAGUCGAUCCGCACUGGUGAGUAUCCCCGACCCGUUUCUGGGCAUCAUGAACCAAAAGGAGAAAGGAAGGACAACGGUGAUCAUUGACUCCAAGAGCAAGGCUGCGGACCCACAGUUUGCUCAUCGUUUGCUUCGACACAGCACAGAGACUCCGACAGGAUGUUACAACCCAAGGUUCCCUGGAGAAUUGAGAAAGAAGCCAUCGGUUGAAGCAACACCAUCCAAAGUCGUUGCCGCUAAAGAUGCACGAGCUCCCAAGGCAGCGGCAGCCCCAAAGGCGAAAAACGCACCAAAGAAGCAAGCGAGCGAUCCCGGAGGUCGACGUGUGGCAACAAAGCGGUACACGCAGAAAACAGUCCAAGACAUUCCUCUGUGUCACUUGAGGGACUGGCUGCAUCACGCAGACAGUGUAAAUGCAAAUUACAAGGUGACGGCGAAAUUCAGCAAAGAAGAGUGUCUCCAGAUGUUAUCCUUCUGCCUGGGCUUUCAUCCGAAAGAUCCACCUUGUGUCGUGAAGAUGGAAUACCUCAGGAGGGGCAGGCCGCUGAGGAAGACACGGUGGAACCUGCCAGAGAUCAAAAGGUGGAUGGACUACAGCCUCAACAGGGAGAGCAAAGGGCCGGGGGAAGAAGAUAUCGGAGCCUUUGCCCGCUUCUUUUCCGAGCCGGAAAGUGGGACCCAAAAAUCUCCUAUGCCCGCAGAUGUGAUCGAGUAUGAAGAGAGAUUGACCGAGAAGCAUUCCAAGGCAGCUUCACGCGCUGGAGCUGCGGAGACGGAGCAGGACAUGAUGAUCGCGCUUGCAGAAAUUGACGAAUUCCCCAAGAACGGGUAUGAAGGCCGAAAAGUGGGCGAGACCUUCGUCAUCACCCAUCCGGAGUUGAAUCCUGUGGUGCAACUGGUGUCGCUGCGUGUCGAAGAAAAUGAGCCCGAAUUGUUCAGUACAAAGGAUGGAGACACAGUCUAUGAUGGUUCUGAGAAUGACCCAGAGUAUGUGAACGAUCUCUUUCAGCAGAUGAAAGAAAACAUGCUGAACAUGCAGGAAUGCAGCUCUGAUAAUGAUGAGGACGACGACCGAGCGCCACCAAUUCAGGCUGACGAUUCCAGUGAGGAGAGCUCCGAUGACAAGGAGGAACCGAAUGAGGUGAAGGACAAGGAACCGGAUUUGAGCCAGAUCAAUGCAGAAGAACGGGUCUUUCUUCACAUGGACGAAGAGGAGAAGAUGUGGCUCGUGCGCCCUGCUGACAACAAGUUCAUUGAGUUGAAGUACUCUGAUCCCAUUCUUCAACCGUCAAAGAUUGGAGACAAGUGGGUGAUCGUGGUUGACAGCAAGUCCCAUCAGGAAGGAUCUAAGCCCAAGUACUCAGAACAUCUUCUCAGUGGCAAAAAGGCGAAGGAGGUGAGCGAUGAGAAGCUUUUGGAGGAGUGCCAGAAGUAUCGUGAGAAAUGGCUGCUGCCACCUUUGAAGAAGCGCACCUUGGGUGGCUCUCUGGCAUCGCCUUUGCAGGCCAAAAAAGCAAAGAAGGGAUUGGACACAGAACGGCCCUCUGAACCAGAGCAGAAUGGCACGGGUUCUCCGGAGAAGACAGAGGAGAAGGAUGCAAUGGAUGCAGAGACCACUGAGUGGCCUGAUGCAAGCGAACCAUUGGCUUUGGGACCAGAACGGCCAGAAAUCAAACGCAAGACUUUGCCGGACCGAUACCUGAGACAAUUGCCUGCACGGCAGACGCAGAGAGAUGCCAGCCGAUCACAGCCCAGGCCGAUGAACGGUGCAGGAGUCGUGGACAAGGCCGAGACAGGCAUCAAAAACGUCACGAAGGUAAUGCAGUACAAGGUCUUGCGGGAAAUGCAUUCUCAGCGACAUUGCGCCAUUCGGUACAAGGUCUUGUGGGAAAUGCAUUCUCAGCUACACUGCGCCAUUCGGUAA